AUGUUUGGAUGUUCUCUGAGGUCGUGUGCACUUGGGUUGGCUCGUGCACUUAGGCCGGCUCUUGGGUCGUCUCUUCGGUUGGCUCCUGCACUUAGGCCGACCCACUCUCUAUCAGAUGCAGACAUAGACUCGUUCAUUCUGGAGAAAAACCUUCUUCCAAGAAUUACAGCCGCUUCUCAAGGUGGUAACAUUGCCAAGAGUGGUCUCAGAUGUAUUGUAUUCGAUCAUCAAGGCCAUUUCCAGAAAAUUCCUUCCGUUGAAGAGCGUGUUCAGCUAAUGAACAGUCGUGAUUUGCUUCCACGUGAUUUGCGGAAGAUCGAUAAAGGCUACGACGAUAUAGUACCAUCUAUUUUGAUUCGAGAAAACUCUAUUCUUCUCAGUAUUUUACAUAUACGGGCCCUAAUAAAGGCUGAUAGUGUGGUUCUCUUCAACUACGAUGGCUCCUAUUCCAAUAAAGAGUUCAUCAAAAGCCUGUCAGAGAAGCUUCGCAACGAUUCUCACGAUAAACUUCACUACGAGGUCCGUGCAUUGGAGGCCAUCUUCAUUGAUGCGUUGGAUAACUUGAACUCGGAAAUGAGAGUUCAUGUGAGCAUCGUCAAUGGAAUCCUCAAAGAAUUGGAAGACGAGGUGGAUUUGGCCAAGUUAAAGUAUCUCUUGAUGGUUUCCAAGAGACUCCAGCAAUUCCAACAGAAGGCGACUUUAAUCCGUGAUCUAAUCGAUGAGUUGCUCGAUCAGGAUGAUGAAUUGGCAGAGUUGUACCUCACUGAAAAAAUGGAGGGAUUACCUCGUUCUACGCAUGACCAUCAAGAGGUCGAGCUCUUGCUUGAAUCAUAUUCUUUGCACUGUGAUGCCAUUGUUCAGACUGUGGAGAAUUCCAUCAGUGAUGUGAAAACUACUGAGGAAAUCAUCAAUAUUAUUCUUGAUUCAAACAGAAACGAUCUCAUGCUACUGGGCUUACGCUUUAGUGCUGGUCUAAUGAGCUUUGGUAGUAUACUCUUCCCUGCUGCUGUUUACGGUAUGAAUUUGCAGAACUUCUUCGAACAGAAUAGCCUGCUUUUUUCUCUAGUCAUAGCUUCUUCUUGCUUAGGUGCUUUCCUUCUCUUUAGAGGUGCCAUAAAGAAGUUGACAAGACUAAAGAAAAUUCAGAUAAUGAAGCCUUGA